AGCAAGAAAUCGAUGGAAACUGGGUGGGAUAGGGUUGGGAUCCAAGGAAUGACCACCUUUGAUACCACCUGUAAGACCUGUGGCCGCCGGCGAUCGUCGACGACGUGAGAGAGACAGAGAGUACGCAGGGGAUUCGGCCCGACCGAGCAGAGGAACCUCUGGCUCGAGUUGUGUAUUCCGUAAUGAAAAUAUGUCUGCUUAUUACAGCGAAUGUUCAGCAUAUAUGGCUAGGAAGCCGGCCACACAUAGGGCCCACAUGUCAGUGUCUAGCUAUUACAAGAAUGAUGGAAAUACGCUUUCAGUACUUGGUGACGUCCUUCAUCCUGUUGCCGUGACAUCUCCCCCCAUGAAGGUUCUGCUUGUCCCCAAGCAGGUGCUGAUGGGAAGCACUUCUUGACCACAUGAUAAUCCUCCCAGGUGGUUGAAUGCUCGGGUAAUCCUGUCCAAGUGAGAAGCACUUGUGGAACCGCAGUAUUACCUUUCUUGAUGAGUCGGCGUACCAGAAUGCGCUCAGGGACUGCCUCAGAGGCUGCCAGGUCCGUCAGUGUGGGCAAUGUUGAGUAUGCUGGAGUAUAGUCUGGAUGAAAAGCCUUCAACUGCGAGAUGUGAAAUACUGGAUGUAUGGAACUGUCUUGUGGUAACUCCAAACGGUAGGCAACUGCACCAAUUUUCUCUAGAAUCUUGUAUGGACUGAAAAACUUGUAAGAUAGCUUGGGAAAUGGUCUAUUGGCCACCGAAGACUGUGUGUAGGUUUGCAAACGCAGCAAGACUGAGUCGCCCAUAGAUCAGUUCUGUUGCGGUCAGCAAACAUUUUGAUGCGGUUUUGGGCUUGUUGUAGCUUUGGCUUGAAAGAUUGCAUGUGCAGCUUGCGAUGCUGGAUGAUCUGAGACACUGAUGGAGAAGCAUCUGUUGCAUCACUGGGAACUGCACCCAAAUCAGGAUCAUACCCAUACAAUGCCAUGAAAGGUGAGCAUCCAAUGGAACUGUGGUAGGAUGAGUUGUACCAAAGCUGAGCUAGGGAUAACCACGAUUUCCAUGUUGUUGGUGAAUCUUGUAUUGAGCAUCUCAAAUACAUCUCCAAGCAUUGAUUAACCCUUUCUGUCUGGCCAUAAGUUUGGGGGUGGUAUGCUGUGCUGAGAUUGAGGGUCACCUUGUAGAGCUUGAACAAUUCUUUCCAGGAUGAACUGACAAAUAUGGUAUCUCUAUCUGAGACUAUGGAUUGGGGCAUUCCAUAAAGCUUGGUGAUGUUAUCGAGGAAUAACUUAGCAAUUGAAGUGGCUGUGUAGGGAUGCUUAACUGGAAUGCAGUGAGCAUACUCUGUAAGUCUAUCCACUAUCACCAUAAUGACUGAGUACCCUUCUGAUUUUGGCAGGCCUUCUAUGAAAUCCAUAGAAAUAUCUUUCCACACGCCAGAUGGGAUUGGUAAAGGCUGCAGCAACCUAGCUGGGUGUGUAUUGGAGUCUUUUGCCUGCUGGCAGAUGGUGCAUUGUUUGAUGUAUGAAUCAACAUCAGUCCUCAUUCCUUUCCAGACAAACUGUCUCUUGAGUCUGUGAUAAGUAGCAGUGACCCCAGAGUGACCCCUACUGCACUGGAGUGGCAAGCAGCUAUCAGCUUAGUUUGCAGGGCUGAGUUGUUGCCAAUCCAAAUGAGAUCAUGGAGUUUGAUCAAUCCCUUGUGUAGGGUGUAGCCAUUGGCAUUCGGAGUGCUGAUUGACAAUUGUGUGAGGAGUUGCUGUGCAUGAGGGUCUGUGGUAUAUGAGUUGAGCACCUCCUGGAUCCAUUGGGGUUGAACUACUGAUUGCACAGCCAGCAAGUGAGCUAUUCUGGAUAAAGCAUCUGCUGCCAUGUUUUCUUUUCCUUGUCUAUAUUUGAUUUUGAAUUGGAGACCCAUUAAUCUUGUCAUUGCCUUCUUCUGCAUGUCAGAGUGGAGAUGUUGUUCUGACAGAUAUGCCAAAGAUCUAUGAACAGUGAGGAUGAUGAAUUCUUGCCUUUGCAGAUAAUGCCAACAUUUGUCUACUGCCAUAAUCAAGGCCAAGAAUUCUUUCUCUUAUAUGGAGAGGUUCUUAUGUUUGUCUCCCAGUGCCUUGCUAAGAAAUGCAAUGGGUUGGCCUUGUUGCAUGAGCACAGCUCCUACACCAUCCAUACAAGCAUCUGUCUCAAUUGUGAAUUGAGCUAGGAAAUUGGGAAGUGCUAGGACUGGAGUGGUGGUCAUGACAUGUUUGAGUUGCUGAAAUGUAGUGUUUGCCUGUUCAGUCCAUUGGAAUUGCUUGUGCCUAAGGAGGGAUGUGAGAGGCUUAGCUAUGAUUCCAUAGUGUUUGACAAAUUUCCUUUAGUAGUCAGUUAACCCCAAGAAGGCCCUCAGGUCCGUGAAAGAUGUUGGUACUGGCCAGUUGAUCAUAACUUGUGUUUUGGCUUGAUCUGUUGAGACCCCUUGAUCAGAAAUAAUGUGGCCCAAAUAUUCAAGACUGUGUUGUGCAAAAGAACACUUGGAAGCUUUGAGGUAGAGUUGGUGGUGCCUUAGGGUCCCUAACACUUGUUGCAAAUGCUGUAAAUGAUCUUCCAAACUCUUGCUGUAGAUGAGGAUAUCAUCUAAGAAAACCAGCACAAACUGCCUUAAGAAAGGUUUGAGUACUUGAUUCAUGAUGCACUGGAAUGUUGCUGGGGCAUUGGUUAACCCAAAGGGCAUGAUUUUGAACUGAUAAUGGCCCUGGUGUGUUUUGAAUGCAGUCUUUUCCUCAUCGGCUGGCAACAUUCUGACUUGGUGAUAGCCAGGUCUCAUAUCUAACUUAGUGAACACCUUGGAGCCUUAGAGUUCAUCCAGGAUUUAUUCAAUGAUGGGCAUUGGAAAUUUGUUCUUAAUAGUGAGAGAAUUGAGUUUUCUGUAAUCAAUGCAAAACCUCCAGCUGCCAUCUUUCUUUUUCACUAGAAGCACCGGAGAUGCAAAGGGGCUAUGGCUGUGUGUGAUCAGUCCUUUAUCCAGUAACUGCUUCACUUGAUUUUCUAUUUCAGUUUUGUGUUGUGGUGAAUAGUGGUAUGGUCUGGAAUUGAAGGGCACUGCAUCAGGCAACAAUGAAAUAGCAUGGUCAUAACUCCUUUGGGGUGGCAGAGUUUGAGGAUCUUGAAAGACAUCAGCAUAUUGAUGUAAUAGUAGCUGGACUAACUCAUUGGAGGCCACUGGAACUGAUUUAGGUGGUGCUGGUCGAUCUUGGAUUGUGUCCAGUACCACAUAUACCCAAAUGUCAUUGCCUUGUGAGGAUUUGUAGACCUGUCUGGCUGAAAUGGUAGUCAACUACAAUGAUUGAGGUUUGAGACCUUGUAUAGUGACACUAGUGCCCUUAUGCUGGAAUGUCAGAGUCUUGCUCACCCAAUCACAUUUUUUUUCUCGAACACGCAGGAGAGCUGCGUAUCAAUAUAUUAAGAAGGAGAAAAAGGGUGGAUCACCCAAAUACAAAAACAGUUUUUUGGGGGUUGGGCAGGGGGCCCGAACCCACACAACCAACAAAACCCACUAAUAUACCUACUGAACAGACGCCUAGACCCGAACUACACAAAGCCAUCAACUCGGUUGCAAGGCGAGGAGAUGUCAAAUCCCUCGAGCCCCAGCAUAGCCCCAAGAGUUUAGAUCUUCUCUAAUGGAGGUGAUAAGCCCAACCAAAUCUGGUUGCCUUCCUUCAAACACACAGCGAUUCCUGUGAUUCCAAAUCGCCCAAGCCACUAAGAUGACAAGAGAGUUCAGGCCUUGAUUCAUAUAGUCAACCGCCCUAGUGGAGGCCACCUCCCACCAAUCUUCAAAGGACUGCUCAUUAGGUUGCGGAGCCAAAUGUUGAAGACCAAAGCAUUGCAGUACAAUAAACCAAGCUUGAUGUGAGAAGACACAAGAAACAAGCAGAUGGUCAAUUGUCUCCUCCUGGCUGCAUAAGGGACAAUGUUCAAGCCUUGAUAAGUUGGUGCAACACCUGUUUAGUUCAAUUUCUAAUCGAGCAAGAAAAAGAACAGUAUUUAAGGCUCUUACUGAGGGGAGGUGGGUUGCAGACAUAAGGGGAUCUGCACUUACAGUAGCUGUUUUAAUUGAAUAUCUUGAUCUGUGGGAUUUGUUGAUAGAGGUGGAGCUGCAGCCUGAGGCAGAGGAUUCCCACACCUGGCUAUUUUCUUCUAACGGGAAAUAUACGACUAAGUCAGCUUAUGAAGCAAUGUUCACUGGGGCCAUUCAGUUUCGGUCGUGGGAGAGAAUAUGGAAGAGCUGGGCGCCGAAUAAAUGUCGUUUUUUCAUGUGGCUGGUUGCGCAUAACAAAUGUUGGACAACGGAUAGACUUGCUCACCCAAUCACAUUGCAUGGGGCUGUUUCUUUCCAACCAGUCAUAGCCCAAGAUGGCAUCAUAAGGUAACAGGUCCAGAACAAUCAUAUCAGAUGUAAAUGUAUGGCCUUGGAUGUACCAUGUGAGGUUUGGUACCUUGAUAGUGGCUGUCAUCCAUUCUCCAUUGGCAAGCUUCACUUUCUGUUUGUGUAUUGGUUCAGUUGGCAGUUGAGCUAGUUUGACAAAAUGUGCACUGACAAAACUGUGAGAACUCCCAGUGUCUACUAGAGUGAGCAUUGUUUUGUUCUUGACUGUGGUCUUGAGUUUGAUGCAGUUUGGGGAUUCAGUUCCACUCAGAGCAUUCAAGGACAGCUGGCAGAAUUCCUCUGUUAAUAUUUCUUCUAUGGCCAUUUCAUUGAGUAGGUCCUCACUGAUCUCUUUAUCCAGAUCAUUCACCACUAUGGCAUUGAGAUGGAUCUUGUUUCUCUUGGUACAAACUUCAGCAUGGCCAGGUUCAAACUUUUCACCACAGCUGUAGCAUAAGUUGUUGGCUUUCCUGUAAUCCCUGAGCUGUUUGUCCCUCCAAAAACUGCCAUAUGAUGUAUUUGGUUUGGUAUCUUGUUUCGGUGGUGGCACCCUUGCUUUCUGAGGUUGGCGUUGGUAUUUGAGCUUGUUCCUAUCUGCCUGUCUCUGGCGGAUCUUGGCGAUAGUUGCUGCUUUGCGCAUUGUUGUUGGCACGUGGGGCUCCACUCCUGCUCUAAUAUCUUCCUUGAGUCCAUUGACAUAGGUUGUGGCGAAGAAUAGCUCAUCAACAUUGGAAUUAUGCAUGGAGAUCUCAAAUUGGAGAGCUUGGACCUGAGUUGUGUAUUCCUCCACUGUACCCGUUUGCUUCAGGCUUAAGAGGUCUGUGACUGAGGAUCUAUAGUCAUCUUAGCCAAAUUCUGUGUGUACAACCUCACAAAACUCUGUCCAUGUGAUUUUCUUAUGAGUUUGCUUGUAAGCUUGCCACCAUUUGGCUGCAUUGCCUUGCAGAUGCAUUGAAGCUGCGGUGACCCAUAACUUCUCAGGGAUGGUAUAGAUGGUGAAGUAAUUGGUACAGUUGUCAAACCAGAUUUUUGGAUGAACACCAUCAAAAGAUGGAAACUGCAUCUUGGGUAAGGAAUGGUGUGGCUGGUCAUCCUUUUUGCGGUGGUCAAAUCUUGGUUUGGGUUGGUGAGAAUGAUCUGGCUUGUGUGGAGCUUUGCCCUUGGCAAACAUGUUAUGAAAUUCUUCUCCUUCGAACACUUCUGAACUAGAGCCCUCACUGGCAAGUGAUUCUUCUUGAUCAAAUUGCUUCAGAGUUAGCUGGGCUACUCCAUGUCCAUUAGCAUUGACCUGUUGGGAAAUGAAGUCUUGCUGUGUUGCAAAGUUGUCCACCUUCUGAUUGUUGGCCAUAACCUAAUUCUUCAAGUCCUGCUGUGCCAGAUUGAUAUCAUUCAUCCUGUCAAACAGCAGGUCCACGCUUUCCAACAUCUGAUCCCAAUGGGACUUGUCAUCGUCGCUCCUUUUCGACAUCUCCAACAAGAUCUGGGUUUGCUUGGAGGGCUUGACUGAUGCCGUAGCGGCACUCGGUGGAAUGCCUGACGAAUCCACGGUGAAGCAACAGGCUUGGUCGAAACCUCCCUUUUGCAUGCUUCACCAAGACCCAACUCCCGGAAGUAAGGCGGGAUCGAGGGAUUUUACACAGGAACAAGUAUCCUGCAACCCAAAUCCACGGAUACUUCCUCGCCGACGCCUCUGCACCAUGCUUGAACAGCCAAACUCCGGAAUUUUACACGCGAACAGAUGCUGCGCAACCCUUGUUUGCCGUCCAGGUGUGCUCGAAAGGUGUGAGCUUACAGUGAUUCACGACGUCGAACCCUAGGUGUUGAUGUAGUCCCCCAGUUGUCGAAGCCGCAGUCUUGGGUGUCGGAGUCGCGUCCAGCACCGCUGCCGUCGCCAUGCGCUCGGGGUUGAUGAAGGGUCGAGUGUCGUCCGCUGCCGCCGCCGGUGCUGCUGCUUGUGCCGGAUCGUGGGGGAUCCAGCAAGCAGGUCCGCUCCGCCGCCGCCGUGCGCGACCGCUCGUCGAGGAUCAGACUCCCGUCACGCCGCUGCCGUGCGUGUAUGUGGUUGGUGGAUCGGACCAAUCCAGCAAGAAAUCGAUGGAAACUGGGUGGGAUAGGGUUGGGAUCCAAGGAACGACCGCCAUUGAUACCACCUGUAAGACCCGUGGCCGCCGGCGAUCGUCGACGACGUGAGAGAGACAGGGAGUACGUAGGGGAUUCGGCCCGACCGAGCAGAGGAACCUCUGGCUCGAGUUCUGUAUUCCGGAAUGAAAAUAUGUCUGCCUUAUUACAACGAAUGUUCAGCAUAUAUGGCUAGGAAGCCGGCCACACACAGGGCCCACAUGUCAAUGUCUAGCUAUUACAAGAAUGAUGGAAAUACGCUUUUGGUACUUGGAGACAUCCUUCAUCCUGUUGCCGUGACAUUAGCACAUUGGACACAAGAAAUCUGUAUCCCUAGUUAAGAUCAAAUCAGCUGAAAGUUGCAUUGAUUCGUAGACAGCCCAUCUGCGCAUGGUUAAGAAUUUCGUCAAGUCUUCUUUUUAAAUGUAUCAAACAAUGUAUUCUUUGCAGUUAACUAUAAGAAGUUGGCAGUUUCAGUGCAAAUUGUCCAUUUCUCAAGAUGCUGUUCAAAACGUGGGCAAUAUUGUUCCUUAAUUAAUAUCCGGAUGAUUACAUUUCAGCAGGAUGUUGAUGUAAAUAAGUUGUGGAGAACUGCAGAUUCAACUGGUUGGAGAGCAUCUUGUGCACCACGCACCUACUGGCCUCCCCCACCAACUGAAUCUGAGAGCAAUGGCUACUUACGCGUCCGGUGCAAUGGUGGCUUGAACCAACAACGCAGUGCAAUAUGUAAUGCUGUUGUUGCUGCACGGAUCAUGAAUGCCACACUAGUGCUGCCAGAAUUAGACACAAAUUCAUUCUGGCAUGAUGAAAGUGGCUUUGUAGGUAUUUAUGAUGUUCCCCACUUCAUCAAGACAUUGAAAUAUGAUGUUCGAAUUGUUAUGAGCAUUCCUGAAAUCACUACAAUGGGAAAGUCCAAGAAGCUCAAAGGCCAUCAGAUUCGACCACCUAGAGAUGCACCAGUAUCUUGGUAUGCAACCGUUGCAUUGGAGACGAUGAAGAAAUAUGGAGGUAUAUAUUUAACUCCAUUUUCACACCGUUUGGCAGAAGAUAUUGAUGAUCCGGAACUCCAGAGAUUGAGAUGCAGGGUGAAUUACCAUGCACUACGAUUCAAGCCACAUAUCAUGAAAACAAGCAGUGAGAUAGUGAACAAGCUCCGCUCAGAAGGCCAUUUCAUGUCAAUUCAUCUUCGGUUUGAGUUGGAUAUGCUUGCAUUUGCAGGGUGCAUUGACAUAUUCAAACCUCAAGAGCAAAAAAUUAUGUUGAAGUACAGGAAAGAACAUUUUGCAGAAAAGGAACUUAUCCCCAUGGAAAGGAGGCGCAUGGGGAAGUGCCCUUUAACUCCAGAAGAGGUAGGUCUUAUUCUAAGUGCUAUGGGAUUUGACAAUAGAACACGCAUUUACCUUGCUUCUGGUGAGCUCUUUGGUGGGAAACGUUUCAUGAAGCCAUUCAAGACUAUGUUUCCACGCGUAGAGAACCACAGCACAGUUGGACCUGGAAAGCUGGAAGAGAAUACCCAAGGGCUAGCAGGAUCAGCAGUUGAUUACAUGGUUUGUCUCCUGUCUGACAUUUUCAUACCCACAUAUGAUGGCCCAAGCAACUUCGCAAACAACCUCAUGGGCCAUCGUAUGUACUAUGGUUUCCGGACCACAAUUACACCAAACAGAAAGGCCCUUGCCCCCAUAUUCAUUGACAGGAUGGAAGGCCGUGGCAUUAGCUUUGAGAGAAUCAGAAGGGUAAUGUUCAACAGUCAUUUUGGUGGCCCCCACAGGCGCAUCCAUCCAGAGUCUUUCUACACGAACUCGUGGCCAGAGUGCUUCUGCCAGCCGGAUGCCAGGAACCAAGCAGACCGGUGCCCCCCUGAUAACAUAAAUGAUGUUCUCGAAAGUCAGUUCCAGAGUGAAGAAGAAAUGGAAGAAGCAAGAGCCACUAAUCAGACUGACUCAUCCAGCCUAAUAGAAGAGCCGACGAUUUAACUGACCAACUAAGGAUUACUGCUCGGAAGCAUUUUGAACACUUGCAAUGUUAAUCAGAGAGAUCCAAAUACAACGAUCUUCAUGGAAUGUAUUAAUUGAUGUCUCAAGCUCCCUACGGGAUAGCUGGAGCGGUUGAGAUGCUGAGGUGUGGUAUCUGGUGGUAUCCAGGGAGAGCAUUGAACCAGACUUUGGAUAGGUCUGGUCAUAGUUUUGAGGAGAAAACAGUACGUAUGUCAGUUUCCUCAUUGGAAAGUGAAAUUGUGUGAGUUGUGUACGUGGCAGCGACAACAGUUGGAAUCCUUUGCGCAAUAUGGUACAGCCACUAGGCCCGGUUAUGCUUGUCCGCUCCAUUUUUUCCACAAACUUCAUUAACCUUGUGGCUUUAAUAUAGGCGGAGCGGUCGUAAUUUUCGUGUAGUAAUUGGCGCUUUCCUGGUACAGCCAUCGUUUGAUUUCCCAUAGGCUAUUCGAAUUUGUUGAAUUGAAA